UGUGUGUGUGUGUGUGUGUGUGUGUGUGUGAGCGUGUGCGUGCGUCUACUUUGUACUGUGAGGAACACAGCCCAUGUGCUCUGCAUGGACGUUACUGAUACUCUGUUUAGCUUGAUUUUCGACAAGCAGGCAAGAUGUCCAGCACACCACAUGACCCCUUCUAUUCUUCUCCUUUCGGCCCAUUUUAUAGGAGACAUACACCAUACAUGGUACAGCCAGAGUACCGAAUCUAUGAGAUGAACAAGAGACUGCAGUCUCGCACAGAGGAUAGCGACAACCUCUGGUGGGACGCGUUUGCCACCGAGUUUUUUGAAGACGACGCCACAUUAACUCUUUCAUUUUGUUUGGAAGAUGGACCAAAGCGAUACACUAUUGGCAGGACUCUUAUCCCUCGUUACUUUAGCACUGUGUUUGAAGGAGGGGUCACCGACCUGUAUUACAUCCUCAAACACUCGAAAGAGUCAUACCACAACUCAUCCAUCACAGUGGACUGCGACCAGUGUGCUAUGGUCACCCAGCAUGGGAAGCCCAUGUUUACCAAGGUGUGUACAGAAGGCAGACUGAUCUUGGAGUUCACCUUUGAUGAUCUCAUGAGAAUAAAAACAUGGCACUUUACCAUUAGACAAUACAGAGAGUUAGUCCCAAGGAGCAUUCUAGCCAUGCAUGCACAAGAUCCUCAGGUCCUGGAUCAGCUGUCCAAAAACAUCACUAGGAUGGGACUAACAAAUUUCACCCUCAACUACCUCAGGUUGUGUGUAAUUCUGGAGCCAAUGCAGGAACUGAUGUCGAGACAUAAAACUUACAACCUCAGUCCACGAGACUGCCUAAAGACCUGCUUGUUUCAGAAGUGGCAGCGGAUGGUGGCACCCCCAGCAGAACCCACAAGGCAGCCGACAACCAAACGGAGAAAAAGGAAAAACUCCACCAGCAGCACUUCCAACAGCAGUGCCGGCAACAACGCCAACAGUACCGGCAGCAAGAAGAAGACACCGGCCGCCAACCUGAGUCUGUCCAGUCAGGUACCUGAUGUGAUGGUGGUAGGAGAGCCAACUCUGAUGGGAGGUGAGUUUGGGGACGAGGACGAAAGGCUAAUCACUAGAUUAGAAAACACGCAAUAUGACGCGGCCAACGGCGUGGACGACGAGGAAGACUUCAACAGCCCCCCCGCCCUGGGGAACAGCAGCCCGUGGAGCAGUAAACCCCCCGCCGCUCAAGAGACCAAACCAGAAAACGCCCCGCCCCAGGCUCCCCAGUGAGACUGACCCGCACCUGCACCCACUGUCAGUAGGCCGUGGGGUACACCCACGCUUGCAGAUCCUUGCUUUCAGGAGAGGAAGGAGGAGAAAUUAAAAAAAAAAAAAAAAAUUAAAAAAAAAAAAACUUUUCCACGCAAAUGCUAUUUCUAAACCACAACGAUCUGGGUUUGAGUUUCUUUUUUUCUUUUGAAUUGAGAGGAUUAUUCCAAUAAACUUCCAUGACCCUUCCCUGGAGGCCUUCGCAGGUAACACAGAUACUGGCGCUGAUAGUAAUGAAAACCAGAGUGAAUGCUCCCGCUUCUCCUGGCUCAGUGUUAAACCACAUGUUUGUUAAUUAUGUUCCCCCCACAAGCCCGCCCCAACACAACGAAGGCCAUAUUGUCAAUAUGCCCUCAGUGCUCAGGGUCUCAUUAUAUGCCGACCCUAACUACAGAUGACUUUUUAAUAUUGUAAAAUAUUUUCUGCUUUUUGACUUGCAUCUGAGAGUUUCUUGUUUCAGUAAAAAA